UUUCUUCUUCCGCUUCUGUAGGGAACGAGGCUAGGCCCUUAAUAGUUGCUGGAAAAUUCGGACGGCGUCUCUCACGUGCGUUGCUGUAAAGUGAAAGCAGAAGAAAAGAUGAGUCUACCAGCCAAGGAGGUGCAACUCCUGCGGGCAUUUGUACAGAUGUGCAGGGCCAACGCUAGUGUUCUCUACAGCCCCGACCUCCAGUUUUUCAAGGAAUGGCUAGAAAGUAUGAAUGCUGAUAUACCAGAGAAACCAGAAAGUCCCCCACAGCCAGAGAAAUCUGAGUCCCCAGAGCCUGAAGAGAUUCCGACAACCACACCAGAGCCUGCCCCGAAACCUGAGGAAGAAGCCGAGAGUGAGGAGAGUGACUUGGAACUGGACUUGCAGGACGUAGUAGAGGACGAUGACGAGGACAUGCCAGAGUACGGAGACGAGACCAUUGAGGUUACUGAGGAGAUGAUGGAUGAUGCCAAUGACAAAAGGUCGGAAGCCAUGGCUGCCAUGUCUGAUGGUAAACUAGAAGAAGCUGUUAAUAUCUUUACCGAAGCUAUCAAGUCCAACCCAAUGUCUGCCCUACUUUAUGCCAAGAGGGCCAGUAUUUACAUCAAAAUGAAGAAGCCAAAGAAAGCCAUCCACGACUGUACUAAAGCCAUAUCUCUCAAUCCUGACUCUGCCCAGCCCUACAAAUGGAGAGGCAAUGCCUACAAGAUGCUGGGGAAGUACGAAGACGCCUACCACGAUCUCACUAUGGCCUGUAAACUGGACUUUGAUGACCUUGCCGAUGAACUAUUGCAUGCUGUUAAACCCAAUGCAAUGAAAAUUAUGGAACACAAAAGAAAGUAUGAGAGAAAGAGAGAAGAAAGAGAAAUCAAAGCUCGCAAGGAAAGACUACGCAAGGCAAAGGAAGAAUAUGAAAGACAAAAACAGCAAAGCUCCGGAUCUAAUACUGGUUCUGCUGGAGGUUUCCCCGGUGGAUUUCCUGGUUUCCCUGGAGCAGGAGGUGCAGGAGGAUUCCCUGGGGCAGGUGCUGGUGGAUUUCCUGGGGCAGGGGGUUUCCCAGGAGCCGGACAGUUUCCUGGCCCAGGAGCUGGAGGAGCGGGUGGAUUUCCCGGAGGAUUCCCCGGGGCUGGUGCUGGUGGUCCAGAUCUUUCUAGCAUACUCAAUGAUCCUGAAAUCGUACAAGCUUUCUCAGACCCUGAGGUGGCAGCAGCAUUCCAGGACAUUAGUCAGCACCCAGAGAACCUAAUCAAGUAUCAGAACAACCCAAAGGUCCAGGCCCUCAUCAACAAGAUGAGCUCCAAGUUUGGUGGACCCAGAGGACAAGCAGGAGGACCGGGGGCGCCACCGAUGUGAGGUGCGAUUUCACAAGGUAGUGACUAAAAGUGACAUUUUUGGAUGUUCCGGAACUAUGGACAGGCUUGGUGUCACAGACGUUUGGUAUUAUGUCGUCCAGAGUGGACAUGUUUACAUGAAUUAUGCAUAGAUGAUUUAACAUAUGCACAAGAAGUGGAAACUGAAAGUGUUUCAUACAGUGUUCCAUAUAAUAAGGAUGCAUAAGUACCAUGUUCACUUUCAUUUCCAAGUUGUAAUGUUUUGAAUGUAAAAAGUUCAAUACUUUCUCUCUGUAGAUAUUUUAUUCUUGGGGGGACAUGAUAACAGCAUAUUUCCACAGAUCAUUAUUAAGCAGAACUGUAGUGCAUCAUACCUAUUUCAUCAGUAUUCCGUCUUCAAAAUUCAAGGGUUCCGCUCUAAAUACACUUAACAAACAACACCCUUGUAAUAUGUCAUUACAAAAUAAAAGGUUCUAAAAGAGAAUGUCUGCACUGAUUGAACUAAUAAGGUUAUAUUCAUAGGUAAAUUCACCACUUUACAGAAGUUUAACAUUUGCCGUCCUGGUGAAAUUGAAGGGCAAACUGCGCUGGACAUCUGUUAGUGCGACAACAUUCCGUCGUUGCUGUGGUCCCAUUUAGUUCAUAUGUUUAUGACCUGGUUUCCACACUAUGAUCUUUAGCCAAGAUUUUAGCAGAGUUCUCUUGCUCUUUGGGAAUGCAUUUUUGUUUAGUUAACUGAGGAAAUACAUCUAUCACCUCAAAGCUAUUUUAUGGUUGGGUUAAACAAGAGAAGUAAAACGUUUAUACAAACUUACAGUAUUCAUUUCUUUAUAGCACAGGUAAAUAGUUUUAGGAUCAUUUUGGCAACUUGGUGCUCCUAACAAGAGAAGAGUACAUUUUAUGUACAGCUAAAAUAGAAGAAACAAUAUCACGGGAGAAAUGGCUACUUGUAUAUUCUGUUCUUUUUUUGUUUCAUAAUUCUCAUUAAUGAAUUCAUACUUCAGCUUCAGAUUUUGUUGUCAUCUUGUUCUCGUGGCAUAGCAGUUAUUGUGUAACUGGGUUGGUCACAGUUAUUGGAGGUAAAAGAUGAAAACUGUAAAGCAGCAUUUAUUUUGUCUUUCACUUGAGACUUUUAUUUUAUUUAGUAAUCCGUCUAGGGAAUGUGCUCUGUUGUGUCAUAUGUAAAGGUAUGUGAAGUUUUUGUCUACUGAAAAGUACUCAAAUUAGAAUUGAGGCAUUUAUUUUAUCACUACUGUAUCAUGUAUAUACAUUGUAUCUAUAACCUGAAUUGUAUUGAUUUGUUUCUGAUUUGUAUCGGUUACCAAUAUUUUAUUUUGUCCAAUAGCAUCAGUAGGAUAUAGCAUCAGUAGGAUAGUCAUUUCAUGUCUGGUUUAUAUGAUUCAGACAAUUUAUCUCAGUUAUGAGGUGCACAAAUUAGGUGUUUAUUCAACGAUUCGAAAGAAUAACAAGUGUACUAAAAUUUCUGUUCAGGCAGAAAUACAUGUUAUAAAGUAAAAUGUAAGUCAUAUAGGUACAGACCUGGGAUUUAUUCUUGCUAAAAUAAAAAAUAAUUUUAGUGUAUCAAUAUCACCAAAUUUGUCACUGUGUAUGCUAGCAGACUUGUGAAUUUUGUUAGUUUUGUACAAAAAGAGGACACAUCAGUUUGGUCUACUGGUCAUCAAGUAGUGGGUAACGGUACUGGAUUGGUGUUUGAAACUCCAGGAGAUAUUGGUUGACAUGAGGUAUUAUAUCAUUAAUUGAAAUAUUGAUAUUAAAGAUAUGAGUGCUUGCUGCCAUCAUUUAGGAUGUCAAGAUUUAGCCAAAACAAGGUUAUUUAGAAUUGUUUUAACUACGUGUAUGUAAUUGAUGACAAUUCACUAAUUUUUGUAAUACAUGCAUGUCUCACUUUCUCAUCUAAAAUAAGAACUAAGAACUGUUUGGGAUAUGUUUCAUCCUAAUUUUCCGGUCUUUAUUUACAACUUCCGGGUACUUUAUAAACAUCCAUAGACAAUAACAUCCCUCUCAAGGUAUAACAAGUUUUCAGUUUUUCUCAAUAAUUAUCCCUCCUUCUGAUACAUUGUGUAUUUCUGUCCCAGACACUGUCCAGUAUAUUAACUGACUGCUUUAGAAGUUACCUAGUAACACUCUUCUCCCUUCCUGUAGAUGAUGUAAUUUCAUUUUUUAUUUGUGUGCCAUUUUACACACUUGAUAAUUAUUUCUUUUUUUAAGUAUUGAAUUAUGAAAAUUA